CACGGCGAAUCGUGCGGUGUUGAAUGACGUGUUACUUUCUGUGUGCUGCCUUUGGUCUUACGUGAGUGACGCUAGGCCAGUGCACGGUGGUUGCCUGGUGCGGGGAUCGCUUCCCCUCGCUUUUACCCGCCUAGUUCGCUCCCUGUUGUCUUCUCAGUCGCGCGGAAGCUUCUUCGAGGCGAAAUGAGCGAGGCAGGGGCGGCAGUUGGCGCGGCGGAGGGAGGCCAGGCCUGGGAAGGGGUUCCAUCUGGAACGGCAGCAGCAGCACAGGAGGAGGGGCACAACGCAGAAGUGCUCAUCGUACCUGACAAGGCACAGCUGGCUGUACACAUUACCAGUAUGCAGGAGUACGACGGAAAUGAAGCGGACACGGGUAGCGUAGACUCUCGGGAUGUGAGUCCCUUCGUCAGCCCCAGGGCCUCGCGAGACCCCAGUCCUGAGCCCUCGGCGGACGGAGGCGAGUGGACCCCGCCAGACGACGAACUCAAAGACAAGAUCAUCAAGCAGGUCGAGUUCUAUUUCUCCGACGCCAACAUCUUGAAAGAUGCUUUCCUUUUGAAACAUGUGCGGCGGAACAAGGAAGGACUGGUCAACAUCAAGCUCAUCACCUCGUUCCGGAAAGUCAAGUCGUUAACCAAGGACUGGAGAGCCGUGGCAUACAGCCUGAAGCAAGCAGAGAGCCUCAGAUUAAACGAAGAAGGGACAAAGGUGGGUCGUAAGGAACCACUACCAGAUUACGACGAGACCACUCCCUCUAGAACAAUCGUGGCAAUGAACCUUGGUGUUGAAAACCCCACCAUAGAAAAAGUCAGUGCAAUGUUUUCCCAUUGUGGGGAAAUCGCCUUAAUCAGAAUUAUACGGCCUGGAGGAAUGAUCCCGCAGGACGUGAGAAAGCACAUGUCUCGCCAUCCCGAGUUGGGGAACAACGUGUGUGCCGUGGUCGAGUUCGAGAAACACGAGAGCGCCCAGAUGUCAGUGGACAUGAUGAGCGCAAAAGACGACUGGAGAAAGGGGAUUCACGUCGCUCUUCUCGCGCCCUGCGGCAAGAAGAAGGACAAGAAAGAGCGACAAGACGCAGAGCGGAAGGGGAAGGAAGACACCCACAGCGAGGGGGAGGGCGACCUUAAAGCCAAGAAGGACAAGCAAAAGAAGAAGAAGCGCCGUAGUCGGGUAGAAGAGCUCGCCCACGGAGAUGAGCCAGCGGUCUAUAGCAGUGGUUCAUCUGAUGUAGAAGUAGACGGCUUGUCACCCUCUCCACCCCAUCGCAGCCAGCACAAACUCAGCCCAUCUUAUGCCCAUGCCUUGGACCCCAAUCGCCUCAGCCCUGGAAGUUCCCCCAGAAGCAGCCCUGCUAACAGCCCCAGAAACAGCCCGCGGAUGCAGAGGAAGGGUCGCGGCAGUGGCGUCUCCCCGCUCGCUUCUUCUCCAAAGAGCAGCCCCCGACCAAGCCCCAUGACGAGCCCCGAGAUGCGGCGUAAACGAGUUGACGCAGCUGCCGGCGGGGACUGGGAUCCCGGUGCGUCCCACAGUCCCUGGGUGCAGCGAAGACUGCUAGCUGCUCAGGAAGCAGCACGAAUGUCAGACACCAGCCCUGGCACCAGCCCGCUUCUACCACGCAAGCGAACGGACAGCAACACAUCGCUGGGACUCCGGCCGCGGACAGACAGCAACGCUUCCACUGGCAGCGCGGGAGGGGGCCCUCACAUGGUGCUGAUUCGCCAGCCCCGAGCACCGGACGGCUCCGGAGGGUUCCAUCCCGGCAUAGGGAGGCGCAAGCCCCUACAGGAAGAUACCAACUAGAGAAAGGGACAAUCUACUAGUACUUCAUAGUGUAAAUGGAUGGUAAAGUGGAUUGAAACAUACUGGCACCGAUGUGUGAAUGAGACCAGUAGUGUUUGUGCUACACAGUGUUGAAGUAUUUCCCCAUGUGCUCUGCAUGUGCAUUGAUUUACAUGGCACCUUUUUGGAUUGAACAUUUUAUACAUGUCAUGAAUGAUGAUUUUACAA